AUGGGCCGGGGGACUAGGGGCCGGGGGACUAGGGGCCGGGGGACUACGGGCCGGGGGACUACGGGCCGGGGGACUAGGGGCCGGGGGACUACGGGCCGGGGGACUACGGGCCGGGGGACUACGGGCCGGGGACUACGGGCCGGGGACUACGGGCCGGGGACUACGGGCCGGGGACUACGGGCCGGGGGACUAGGGGCCGGGGGACUACGGGCCGGGGGACUAGGGGCCGGGGGACUAGGGGCCGGGGGACUACGGGCCGGGGGACUACGGGCCGGGGGACUACGGGCCGGGGGACUACGAGCCGGGGGACUACGGGCCGGGGGACUACGGGCCGGGGGACUACGGGCCGGGGGACUACGGGCCGGGGGACUACGGGCCGGGUGA